UCUGCUGUGGCCGGUCUGGGAGGGUUGAGCCCUGGUCCAGCCCCGAGUGGAGAGCGAGCCUCUCACCAUGACAGCCUGUUGCAGCUGGAACGAUGUCUUCCAGUAUGAGACAUACAAAGUCAUCCGGAUCCAGAGCACGAAUUAUGGCACCAUUAAAUGGUUCUUCCAUGUGUUGUUCUUUUCCUACAUUAGCUUUGCUUUGGUGAAUGACAAGCGGUACCAAUGGAAAGAACCUGUUAUCAGUUCUGUGCAUGCCAAGGUGAAAGGGGUGGCAGAGGUGAAAAAGGAGAUUAUGGAGAACGGAGUGAAGAAGGUAGUGUGGAAUGUCUUCGACACGGCAGAUUACACUGUCCCCUUGCAGGGGAACUCCUUUUUUGUGAUGACAAACUUUCUCAAGAUAGAAGGCCAAGAGCAAGGGUUGUGUCCCGAGUAUCCCACCCGCAGGACGCUCUGUUCCUCUGACCAGGGUUGUAAAAAGGGACGGAUGGGCCCAAAGAGCAAAGGAAUCCAGACCGGCAGGUGUAUAGAGUAUAAAGGGAAGCAGAAGACCUGUGAAGUCUCCGCCUGGUGUCCCGUCGAGGCAAUGGAAAAGGCCCCAGAGCCUGCGCUCUUGGGCAGUGCUGAAAACUUCACUGUGCUCAUCAAGAAUAAUAUCGACUUCCCCAGCCACAACUACACCACGAGAAACAUCUUGCCGGAUUUAAACGUCACUUGCGUCUUUCACAAGACUCAGAAUCCACAGUGUCCCAUUUUCCGACUAGGAGAUAUCUUCCGAGAAACAGGAGAUAAUUUUUCAGAUGUGGCAAUUCAGGGAGGAAUCAUGGGCAUUGAGAUCUACUGGGACUGCAAUCUGGACAGGUGGUUCCAUCACUGCCGUCCAAAAUACAGUUUCCGUCGCCUUGACGACAAGACUGCCAAGGAGUCCUUGUACCCUGGCUACAACUUCAGAUACGCCAAGUACUAUAAGGAAAAUAAUAUCGAAAAGCGGACCCUGAUAAAAGCCUUUGGGAUCCGUUUUGACAUCCUGGUUUUUGGCACCGGAGGAAAAUUUGACAUUAUCCAGCUGAUCGUGUACAUCGGUUCAAACCUCUCUUACUUUGGUUUGGCCACUGUGUUCAUUGACUUUCUCAUCAACACUUACUCAAAUAAAUGCUGUCGAUCCCGUAUUUAUCCCUGUUGCAAGUGCUGUGAACCCUGUGCAGUCAAUGAAUACUACUACAGGAAGACGUGUGAAUCCAUUGUGGAGCCAAAGCAGACAUUAAAAUAUGUGUCCUUUGUGGAUGAACCCCACAUUAGGAUGGUAAACCAAAGGCUACUUGGGAGAAGUCUGCAAGAUGUUGAAGGUGAAGAAGUGCCAAGACCCCCGAUGGACUUCACAGACUUGUCCAGGCUGCCUCUGUCUCUUCACGAGCCACCCCCCACUCCUGGACAACCAGAGGCUAUCCAGCUGCUCAGUGAAGGGGCAACCCCUAGAUCCAGUGACUGCCCGAAUUGGUGCCAGUGCGGAAGGUGCCUCCCAUCCCAACUCCCUGAGAGACAAAGAUGCUUGGAGGAGCUGUGCUGUCGGAAAAAGCUGGGUGCCUGUAUCACCACCUCAGAGCCGUUCAAGAAGCUUAUCCUGUCCAGACACGUCCUGCAGUUCCUCCUGCACUACCAGGAGCCCUUGCUGGUGCUCGAUGCAGAUUCUACCAACAGCCAGCUGCGGCACUGCGCCUACAGGUGCUAUACUACGUGGCGCUUUGGCUCCCAGGACCUGGCUGACUUUGCCAUCCUGCCCAGCUGCUGCCGCUGGAGGAUCCGGAGAGAGUUUCCCAAGAGGGAAGGCCAGUACAGUGGCUUCAAGAGUCCUUACUGAUGUGCUGAGCAGUCAUAUAACAUUGCCUUUGCUUGCACCUUGAGCUUCACCUGCAAAGAUGUGUGUCCAUAUUUUCAGCCAAAGGGAAAUAUGCUUUCCUCCUCCCCCAGCUCUGUAUGUGUCAGAGAGCAAAGUGACCAGGGUAAACAAACAGCAAAUAAACUAGAAUCCCUCAGCAUGGACUGAGAGUCAAGAGAUUCAGAUUUAUAUCUCCAUUCUAUCCCUAGGAAGUUGUGUGAUCCUAGGCCUUUAACCUCUGUACCUCAGUUGCCUUAUUAUCCAACCUAUUGUUUCACAGGGAUAUUAGGAGAGCAAAUUGAGACAGUGUACACAAACUCUCUUAUUAACGCAUAAAGAGCUACAUGAAUAUGAAGCAGCUCAUUUGGAGGUGAGACUAGGAUAAUGUCCAACUAUCAACCAACCCUUGGGUCCUGGUUAAAGAAUGGGGAGGAUUAAAAGUUUUGGCACAAAUUUUUUGGCAUUUGUCCUAUAGGACCUGAGGGGUUAUAUCUCCUCCCCUUGUGUCUUGGCAGCUCUGAUCACUUUAUCCAAUGAUAAAGUGAUGCUGUGUCAGGUUCAGGGUCUUGGUCUUAAGAUGCUGUCAGCUUCCACUUCCUGUCCCUUGAAACUCUUGCUGUGAAGGAAGCAAGCUCCCAUGUAAAAAUCUGCCUAUCCUGAGUCCACCCUGCUGUGAAGAAGCCCAAGCAGCCAUGUGAAGAGGAGAGAUGCUCCCAGCAUUCAAGCCAUCCAAGCCCAUGGGAGAGAAGAAGCCCUUCAGAUGAUUCCAGAUCCUGCUAACAUAUGACUGCAACUGCAUCAGACAACCCAAGUGAUAGCUACCCAGUGAAAACACAGAACAAAAAUUGUUAUUUUAAACCACUAUGUUUUGGGUUGUCUGUUACAUAGCGACAGAUAACUGGGACAGAGAGCAAGCCUGAUUCAUGGGAUGUAGACUCAGCCCUCAUCUUCUCUGGGUCUAAGACGUGUGUCCAGGCUUUCAGCCAAAAAAUCCCUGGAGCCCCUCGGGGGCUUGGGUUUCUAUUUGGCAGUUCUAGAAGAGCUGCAGACCAAAUCAGGUAACUCACCAGACCAGCCCUGGAAUCCAUCAAAUCUAACUGCUGAGCUACCCAAUACAUUUCAAUCCACAUCACAUUUCUAUGACUGGAAGUAAGUAUUGCUGUUAAAAACUGGAACAAGCCACCUUUAUGCCUUUAACAUCCUGUACUUUGCAGCCAAUUACAAUGGAUGCAGUCUGGAUGCUACUUAAAAAGCAACUCACACUCAAACCUUUUACCAUUUCUAUACGUCAACUGCUAAGAGUAUAAAAAUGAAUAGCAGGUUUUAGGAUCCUCCUGCAGGAUUUCCGUUUCAAGGUUUUGGCACUAGAACGGACUAUUUCUAAACGACAACUAUUUUAAAGAAUAAAUAGAGAACGCUAUUCAAAACGGUGACUAAUGAAGGAUCUGUGAGUUUUUAAUACAUACUCUAAGAUUUACCAUUUUGACACUUUUUAGAAGUCAUCAGCUUUCUACUGUUUUAAUGUAAGAUAAUAUGAACAAAAACCUUCUUUUUUGGUCCCAGGAUUUCACCUGGCUUUAAACUCAGGAAUCAAGUUAACUGGGCCAGAUUUAACUCUCAUUUUUACUACCUUUCAGAGAUAUUUUUGAAAAGUGAAUUACAUAUGACUUCUUCAGAACUGAAAUUUUUUACUCUGAGAAUGCUAUGUAACUGCUACAGAUUUCCAUUCUGAUAGCCUCUGAGCCUUCACAUGUUAUUUUUUGAUGCCUUCCCCCUAGUGUGUUUCUGUCACCUUGUGGAGACCCCAGAUGGAGUCAGCAUUUGGAAUGACAAAUAAUCACUGGAUCCACCUGUUGUUUUCACCUUUCCCAGAUGCUCUGGGUGAGAAGGUGAGAGGGUGAUGUGUUAUGUGCUAUGUGCAAAAUGUCUGACACUUUCUACAACAGCAUGCAUCAUAUUUAUAUUCUUAGUUUUGGUCUACAGUAGAAAAUAGUGUCAUCGCCAAAGGCAUCCCAAGGAAAGUCACAUUUUGUAGGAUCUGUUUUUUGUACUUAAUUCCAUUCUCCUGUUAUAGUAAUUGCAUACUAUUCACUGCUUCAUCUCUGUAUUGGAGAUCUGCUUUCUUGUAACACUGCCUGAUUUCAUGUAGCAUUGGUUAUGGACUUGCAUUCCUCUCUUUAGAGGGAACCAUUUUUAAAACCCUUCCUAAUUCUA